GAAACAUUUUUUGCAGCGCUGUGAUACGUUUUGCCAUUCCCAAUGAUGCGUGUCUUUCAACUAAUACUAGCUUUCACCGAAGCCCUCUGGAUUUUUCUCGCCGUGUUCACGCCACACGGGUCCGCAGGAUGUAACAUCACGCACAACGCAACAUUUGGCGGGAAAUGCGUGAUUCACAUGGGCGGCCUGUUCGCUUUCCCGGGCAGCCCUGCCAUAGGAAUGCAACAAGAGGUGGCGCAGACGGCACUAGAUCACGUCAACAGCUUGAAAGGGAUUCUCGACGGCUACCAUCUCAGCAUGAGGUGGAAUUGGACGGGGAGAGCUGAUCCGGAGGAAGGGUUGCGAAUACUGUACAAUCUAGCCUACUCCGGAGCACCCGUACCAAUCAUAUGGGGACCACUCCUACCACAGGAGGCAAUCAUAGUCAACAAGGUAGCGGCGAGAUUCAACAUCGUUCAGAUGUGUGUAGCAUCAAGCCCAGCGCUAGCAGAUCGCACCGUGUACCCUUACACAGUCAGAGCCUACCCAAGUGACAGAUCCCGAUUAGUGGGCGUGGCAGCAUUUAUAAGGGAGAUGGGGUGGAGGCGUAUCGCAUUCAUCUUCGAGAAGAAUGCCGCUUUUCAAAACCACAUGAAGGACUUUCGUGAAAUUUUAGAGGCUGAUGAGGUCGAAAUAGUUGCAUCUGAAGGAGUCAAAAACAUCAAUUUGUUGCAAGUGCAUCUUCAAAACCUCAAGCGCCAAGACGUCAGAAUCAUAUAUACCGGAUUUUCAAACGUUCUGGCGACUCUGAAGCUUUUCUGUCAGGCUUACAUCGCAGGACUGACCGGUGCCAAGUACGUCUUGAUACCCCCGAGCUGGGCUAACUUUGAAUGGUGGCUGGUCGGCACACCGUCAGAUAUCGAGCCUUGUACGGAAGAGGAGAUCAUCUCUGCUGUGGAUUUAUCCCUACAUUUCAACGUCAAACAUCGCUCCCAGGGUCUACCGGAGCUGGACUUCAACGGAGUGAAACCCUUGCCAGAGCAUUACGACUACUACAACAGCAUUUUCCCAUUCAGUAAUAACCUCGUGCCGGUAACGCACGACGGCAUCAUGUCCGUGGCACUGGCCUUGAAUUCCUCCAUAGCGGACCUGCAUCGUCUGCAACCUCCUCGAAGACUUGAAGAUUUCAGCUAUACCGACACCGAGAUGGCGAGGGUGAUUUUGAACCACGCCGAGAACAUGGAGUUCUCUGGAUUGUCGGGUCGUGUUCGCAUUGAGGAUGGCCAGCGUGUAGCACAGACAGUCUACAUUGAUCAGGCUCAAGGCACAAGUUUGAAGAACGUGAUGCAAUACCAGAUUCAGGAAGCUGCCCUGGUAAAUUCUGAGACCACGAGUAUCCAGUGGCCAGGUGGCCAUGUUCCGGUGGAUGGCGUUACAAGGAGGUCCCUAGUCCUGGAGGUCUCGUCCACCGCACGGGCGAUUCUCUUCUCCCUAGCCUCGCUCGGUGCCGUCCUGGCGUUAGUGUUCCUCUUCCUUAACGUCAGAUACAAACACAGAAGGGCCAUCAAGAUGUCGAGUCCUCCCCUGGGUAACCUGACUGUGGUUGGUUGUCUGCUUCUCUACGCCUCCGUCUUCGCUACAGGUUGGGACAAGAAAGACCUGUCUGAUACGGCUAUCAUCAUCAAGUGUCACCUGGAGAGGAUGCUAAUCUCCCUCGGGCUUUCGUUUGCUUUCGGUUCUAUUUUUAUGAAGACGUACCGGAUACACGCUAUAUUCAGCCGUGCAGUGAAAAAAUUCCAACGGAUUGACCUACCGGACUGGAAACUUAUAUGCGGAGUGUUGACGGCUGUGUUCGUAGAUUGCGUCAUCUUUGCCGCGUGGAUUGCCCUGGAUACGACGACUGUUACCGGUCGAGAUCUUGAGCCCAAGCUUGACACGACAGAGCCAGAGAAGGAGAUUUAUGAUGUUCCGAUCAUAAGGUAUUGCAGCAGUGACCAUGCUCUGUACUUCACCAUCGCCCUCUACGGCCUGAAGGUAGUUCUCUUGACCUUUGGCCUUUUCUUGGCCUGGGAGACAAGAAACAUCGCCGUGACACGACUUAAUGACAGUAAAUACAUUGCAGCGUCAGUGUACAUCGUCGCCUUGACCAUAGCUCUUGUUGUCCCUACCAUGACCGUCCUGGGUGAUGACGUCAAUAUGACGUUUCUGGUUCCCGGGGUUGCCAGAGUGAUCGUCAAUACUGCAGUGCUGUGCUUGAAUUUCAUUCCAAAGGUGUACCUUCUCGUCUCAGUGAAAGAGAAGAACCUCAGUUUGAGCAUGAUGAAUUCCAUGGGCUAUGGUGAGUCCUCCGCGUCCAAAGCUGGACAGGCUUCAGAGAGGGACAAUAUUAAUGAACUGGAGGAACUCCGAGAAAAACUGAAGCAGAAGGAAGACCAACUUUUCCUGCUUACUGAGGAUAUUCCAGUUAAACAAUCCACGGACGUAAAUUAGAUUGUGCCUUGGCGUAAAUUGGUUAAUACAACAGCGUAGUAAAGUGAGUAUAUAAGGCUAACUCUUGCAACUUGUGGCAGUCUUGCGGCAGUCCUCAUGACAUCGUUAGAAAAACCCUAAUUGUUAGGAUAUCGGGAUGAUAAUAUUGAUAAUAAAUGUGAAGCUUUUCUUGGGAUUUAUGCACCGGCCUCAAAUAUUGUGGAGAACGGCACCGCAUUAGUGACAAUGUGGCAGAGGUCGAUCAAAGUAAACAAACGU